UUUCCAGAAUAGGUAGUAUAUAUAGGGCAAUAAUUAUGUAACACCAAAAAUUUCACAAUCGCAUAAUUUUAGGCCAUCAUGCUAGUGGAAAUUGCUGCGGGAAUAUUUGCCAUCACUGUUGUGCUGUUUUUAAAAUGUCCUAUUAUUUCUCCAUGGAUUCUCUGCAAUGUAGUUCAAAACAUCAAGCAAAGAAACAGUGCUGAAGCAACUAUUAUCAACAUUAACAACAAUGUACCCAAGAAAAAGAAAAAAUCUGACUUUCAUAAGAAGAAGAAUAAAAGUAGAGAUUCACACAGAGAAAAAGCAACAAAACAAGAUGUAACUCCACAUAGCCAAUCAUCAGCUGUUACUGACUUGAAAGCAUCUUUAUUUCAUGUUGCUGACAACAAACUCAAUGUCACAAAAGGUGCAACAAGAUUAGAGAGCAAUAACAAAGAAGAGAAAGCAGCGAAGGUAUCUUUACCAAUAUCUGGCAACACUGCUGUGGAAGAACCACCAUUGUCAAUUGCUGUUCAUCCACCCAACAACCUUCAAAAACUUGACCAAGAUGCCCAGAAUCGUAAAAUUUUUGCAUCGGAGAAAGCGACAGAAUCUUUUACUUUCACAUUGGACCGGUAUGGCGGUGUUGUUGAAUCCCCAUUCUGUCGCUUAUUUUUCCCGUAUCAGGCAGUUUCAAGAGCAAUUUCGAUCACAGUGGAGCCAAAAUAUAGAUGGAUGAAUUUUACAGAGAAUGGAAAAUUCUUCAUGACACCAGAAGUUUAUUUCACAUCAGCUGAUGAGAUGAAGUUCCAGAGACCAGUUGAGGUUCAGCUACGUACCCCAUACAGUGCCACAAACAAGAAGGACCCAGUAGCUGUGGAGAUCGAAAGAACAGAGCAUUGUAUUCCACAGAACUGGUUGAAAAUUCGAGAUGUGAAAUUCCAUAAAGGAAUGAUCAAGUUUUUGUGCAAUCAGUUUUGUGGGAUCCGUGCAGUUUGCAACUCAUGCCAAAGACAGAUAAUGUCUACACGGCUGAGUUAUUCGCUCAGCGUCCAAGACUCCCUCAAUUUACCAAACUGGAAGAAAAUGAUUUACUUCAGAGUGUUCACUGAUACACCAAACACCAACGAGCAAAUCAGACUGGAAAUGGAGCAAGAUGGGUAUAGAAGGAUUCACCCAAGCCAGUAUUUUAAUUUAAAAAAUGGAUACAAUUUGAUGGUUAAGCUUGAUAGCAGAGGACUUGAAACAUCCCCCGCAUUCGAUAUUGUACAAAUUGAUGCUGAAGUCAUUUCUCAAGCUUGCAUAUUCACUCUAUAUUCGGAGAAUCAGAACCCAAUCACAGAUUCGAGUAUUGCAAUAAAUGCUGACCUUGCAGAAAUCUCACUUUUCAAAACGUCUCGUGUUCACUAUGAGACCAAUCCUGUGAGAAGAGAGCCUCGAAACGUUAACAUAACAGUAAACAGUGGGAUUGGAAUUCAGAACAUUAAUACAUUAGAGCGAGCAUCCCAUGAAAGUAAUUCCCUGAGUGCAGUUUCACCCACACAGCCAAUAAUAAACCUUCGUCAACCUUUGCAACAUCUUGAUCCUCAACAACAAGAAAUUCCUUUUGUAGCGCAACAACCAUCGUUUCACCCUCUUCAAAGCAUUGAUGUUAAUCCUACACCAAAUAGGCCAGAAAGAGUGUUCACUCGGGCAGAGGUUAAUGAGACAAAGCCAAUGGGAACAUGGAUGACCCAAAACCAUCCACCAGAUUCACAUACUCACAAUAGCCAUGCUAUAACAACAGUUAGUAAUGAAACAAUGGUCACUUCUAUCCAAGAAGGCCAAAACAGUUAUCCCAUGUACCCACAUGAAAUAGAAAGACCACAUAGUCAAGAUGUUUUAUCACUCACAGAGGAAGCAAACUCUACUAAUACUGGGCAACCAUAUGCGACAAUCUCACCAAGGCCAGAUAUUCCAUCUCAUGGAAAUCAUCGAUUUGUGACAAAUCCAACAAUGAUCUCACCUUUCCAAAUUCAAGCUACAUCCAAUGCAGUGACAAAAUCAAAUGUUGGGAUUCCACUACAAUCAAUCACAGAUACGAAUAUUCAACCCCACAAACGUUCCAGUUCUCUACACCACUUAGAACAAACCCAACAGAAGAAAAAGCCACUCAAAAAACAGCGAUCAAUUUCGACAUCAGAGAACGAUAUUAACCUAACUACAGAACAGUCCCAUCCCACUUACACCCAAACCAUUCAGAGAUCAGCGUUCAAAUCUGCUUUUUCAAGUUACCCCUUGUUGUUGAAGAAUUUAUGGAGUCAGGUUAGCAUAAAUUCGACAGAAAAAGAUUCAGAAAAGAAGGAAAAUAGACAAGAAGUGAGUUUGGCUAUGCUUGAAGAGGAUGAUCAGCAUAUGCUGAAUCCCGUCAAUGGCAAUGGUGAAGACUGUGACGAACUGUUCGAAUAUUUGGGCGAAACUUCAGCCCCCGAAGAAGCACUCGGAAACCAAGCGUGGGCCAGUAUAAGCAACCAAGCUGAGUCUACAACCUCUGGCCACAUACCUGAAAGACCUUCCGCAAUAUCGAGUGGAUUCUGUUCAGGCAUUAGUACAAGGAACACAUCUGUCAAUGCUGAACCAAUCUUCUCUCCCAUUGACAAACAUCUCAGUGAGAUAGAGGAACUAAAAGAUGUGAUUCCAGUCAUGCCACGACCUCGGUCGAUAUCAGAUCCUCCAAAAUCAACGAAUAUCACACUCAAAAAGAGUCAACCUGCAUUAGAAGAAGUGGAUCAACCACCGCAGACUAAGCACAAAAAAUCAUACUCAGAAGUUGUCAAGAUCCAAAACAAAGGUCAUCAGUCAACUCCAAGGAGCGCAACCAAAAUUUCACCAAAUUCAAACAAAAUAAAGAAAUUCUCUCCAAGAAAGAGAGUUCCAGUUCAUCCACCAUGGAUUCCCUAAGAUUACUGAAUAUGACGCAGAGCAUUUCGGUUCCCUAUUCUCUCGAACAAAGACUCAUUUUGCAAAAUGUUGUGAGAAAUCCCACAACUAAUGGCCAAUCAUUUUCAAGUUUUUAGUACCAAUACGAUAAGAAAAUGUUAAAAGGCUUUUUAUUUUUCGUAUGAGGACUACACCCUAUGAGAAUCAAUAUUUUGACCCAAAUUUUGCUGGUUUUUAUUGUCCAAGAACUCACACUCAUCCAACACCCAUCUGGAAGCUAAGCUUCUUAAUCAAUUGUAUGAUAGGCAGAGGCUGAGACCCACAUUCAACCCAUAGUCUUUAGCCUGAUAAAAAACUCGACUCAUUAUUAAUGCAAUGUCAUACUGAUAGUUAUCAGUAUCAGUAUCAGUUAUCUGAUUCUGUGAAGAUGAUGAACUAUUUAUAAACAUGUAUCUAUUUACCUACAGACUUUACAAUGUGCCUCGUUUAUUAUUGAAAUUUAUUAUUUACUCAUUUGCCUUGUUUGAAAUUUUGAUUAUGUUCAAUUUUCCAGAAUUGAGUAGUUUCACAGUGAUUAUGCUAUUUAGGAAAACUAGUAGCUUUAAAUGAUUAACUUCUAGGACUUGGUUUGCCUAUAUGCCAGAGUUCAUAGUUGCUUUUAUUUUUUUUCGUACUGUAACAUAGUUAUAUAUUAGAGGUAACACUUUGCUUUUUAAUGAGAAGUCUGAUUUCAUAAAAAUUUAAUUCCUCAAAUGGCCUACUUCGAACUAUAAAUAAUAAUAUUUGAUAAUUUACUUGACGCACAUUCAAAUGAGUCACAUACACAUAUUGAGUAUGUUAAAACCAUAACAAUUUUACAUUUCCGUGGACUGAGCCUUUUAAGUCUUUGUGGUUUUUCAGCUUUUUGAAAAAUUUUAUCACUGCUUCAAACAAGUGUCAACAACAGUAUACAGGGUGUCCAUAAAGUUCCUCUACAAUUUCAAUUUUGUUAUUAGUCAGUUUUAUUGUAGCUUAACCAAGUUUGUUGUUUUUUUAAUCAGUAAUUGUUCAAGUAUUUUCACUUCAUUUAGUACAUUUGUAAGGACAAAAACAAUAUAAGGUAUCGAUAAGUUCCCUUUGCAAUUAUAAAAGUUUUUUUAAGACUUUAUGGACACCCUGUACAACAUUUCUGCUGUAAACCACAGUAUUCAAAAUAUCCCAAUUUUAAUUUAAGAAAUUCGUAGUCUACAUGGUGCAAUGUGCAUCCGCGUGCAGUUGUAUGAUUCCAAUUUCAAUCAGUGCUUGUUCAAUAAGAUAAGGAUAGGAUUUACAUAUUUGUCCCGGGGGAGAGGAAAGCCGAUAAGACGGCUUAUCCAUAUGGCGAACCACGGCCUCUCGUCCGGUUACCAUUCCAAGUCGGGUAUGGGAUCAGCUAUAUUGU